UGGUACACUUGUGGGUCGAGAUUCUAAUUAACCAAAAUACUUGUCAACAUCACUACCUCAGUGGACACAUCUCUUUUAGUUUAAUCUGAGGAAUUUGUCAUUGCUAAAGUAAAUAACGCUCACCACUAGGUAUAUUUCUUGCUAUAUUCACUCAAGUCAAGGCGUAAUUGCUGACAUAAUCCACCUGAUUACUAGAGACCAUGUUCGGCAGCAUCUGGGGAUACUUCUACACGUCCUUCCUUAGAUACUGGCUGAAGUGGUUCAUCAGACAGGUGACAGGGAAAUGCGAGCUGCAAAGGAUUUGUGCCGGCUACAAGCCUGGGGCGCCUAGGACAAUGAAAGCAGAAUACUCACUCAAGAACUCCAAAUCUAAGCUAUUAAGAGCUGCUGUGGAUGUGGAGGAGGAUGGUUUGGAGAAGCAUCUGGAUCUUAUCAUGAGGGAAAAGAAUGUCAAAACGCAGAGGGAUCCCACGUUUAAGGUGAAUCUGAAGCUGUGUCUCUUACAAAUAGCGGGAUACAGGAACUUAUUCACGUCCGUGGAAGAGUUGAGGAAGGAGAAUUUUGACUCGGACAAAGUCCAACACGAGGAAAUGCUUUUGAAGUUAUGGGACCUGUUGAUGCCCGAGGUCAAACUGGAGUCCAGAGUUACCAAACAGUGGGGCGACAUUGGUUUCCAAGGCGAUGACCCCAAGACUGACUUCCGAGGAAUGGGCAUGUUGGGCCUAACCAACCUUUUGUUCUUUAGUGAGAACUACACUGAAGAGGCUCGGCAAGUGCUGUCCCACGCAAACCAUCCCAAACUGGGGUACUCCUAUGCCAUAGUGGGUAUCAACCUGACGGAGAUGGCGUACAGUUUACUGAAGAGUGGUGCUCUCAAACCCCACUUCUACAACACGGUGUCUGGGAGACCUCAACUGCAGCACCUCCAUCAGCUGUUCUGUUACCUGGUGUACAAGUUUGAUAAGUUCUGGGUGGAGGAGGAGCCCGAGAGCAUCAUGGAGUUCAACCACUACAGGGAAAAGUUCCACGACAAUAUCAAGAUUCAACUACUGGACCCCGCUGUCACCCUCACCAUGACGGAUAGUCCAAGAAGUAACUGACCGACCGACCAACCAACCGACUGAACGGGUCUCGCUUGGACCUAAUUGGGACCACCAGAACCUCGAUACACUACAGCGUACUUCCAUAUCUAUAAGGGACAUUUUGAGCUAGCUUUCCCUUCGAUCUUAGUUUAGACCCAAUCGACACACCUCUUUUUUUAAAUUGUAUAAUUUAGUGACUUUAGUAGCUUUUAGAAAUAAGUAAGACCAGGUGACUGGAAUUCAACCCUCUGCCUCAAAUAAUGACCAUUCCAAUGCUUCAAAUAUUACAAAAGGGAAAUAAAAUAGUAGGGCACUAGUUCUAUGUAGUUGAUUGGCUGUGUACUUUUCAGUGGACAUGGAAAGGAAUUACACAAUAGUUUGAGGAAAUGGAGAUUGGUGAAUAAUAUUAACUAGCUGGUAACUAGGUUUGAAUUUAUUUAACAAAGUCAACAAGUGCCGUCUCGCAUGUAUUCAUAAUAACUUUGCCUACUCAUUCUCGUAUUUGUCCUUCUUGCUCAGGAAUCAAAUACGUGUUCAGAGAGGGAAUUUAUAUCGUAGUAGACUUACAACUAAGGAAUAAUUUGUUUACCUAAUGCUCAAUGGUUGUACUACUUACUCAGACACUGAGAGCUCUGUGCAUGUUUUAAUGCGUUUGAAUUGAUACCGUCAUUGUUGUCAAUACAUUUCAAUAGGUGGUGCUGAGAUUACUGGUUAUUAUGCCAUAGGUACACACAUUCGUACAAUAUUGUCUUUGCUGAAAGCUGACUUUGUAUGGUAUUUUGUCUGUUAUUUAUAGGCCAUGGGCCCUGAUUUUUUUUUUAAGAUGAUUUUACAUUUUGUAGACCCAGUAUGGAUCUUUGUAACGACUGACACAUGCCCAGUGUUAAUAAAUUAAACUUCUGAUGUGUGA